AUGCCACGAGAACAAGUAUGGGAGUUGUACGGCGGAUUUUUGGUCGAAUACAUCAUGGAAAUCGGUUGGGAUGAAUUUAUUCGAUGUAUGAGCCCAAAUCUGAAGGGUUUUCUUGAAAAUCUCGACUCCCUUCACUACUUUCUCGAUCAUGUCGUCUAUAAAGCACAUUUACGUGGUCCAUCAUUUCGAUGUGAAGAAAACGCUGAUGGCUCCAUCACUUUGCACUACUUCACAGGGCGGCCUGGACUUUAUCCUAUAGUCAAAGGUGUGGUCUGCGAAGUAGCUCGUGUUGUUUUCCACAUUGAAAUCAGCAUCAGUGUUACCGGGCGCAUCCAACGUAGCGUUCAAAUGGCCACAGGGGAACGAAUUGAAGAGCACGUUGUCUUCCUUAUUCAGGUAUAA